AUGGGCGACAGAGACCUCUUGCCGGACAACUUCAAGCCUGGUCACUACGACCUGAAGCUGACCAACCUUGACUUCAAGGACUGGUCCUUCAAUGGCUCCGUGACCAUCGCUGGAAACAUCGUCAAGCCCACCAAGGAGAUCGUCAUCAAUGCCCUCGAGCUGAAUCUCAGAAAUGUGAAGGUCUCUGCCGAGUCCGCCAAGGCCAGCAGCUCAUGGAGCUCAUCCAAGAUCACUUACGAUGGUCGAGCCCAGCGGGCCACCAUCUCUUUCGAUGGAGAGCUACCUGUUUCCAAGGCCACUCUCACUAUUGACUUUGAUGGUGUAAUUAACCACGACAUGGCUGGGUUUUAUCGAUCCCAGUACAAGCCUGUGGUCCCAGCGGCCGACUCUGUUCCCCGUGAUGAAGAGUUCCAUUACAUGAUGAGCACUCAGUUUGAGAGUACUGAUGCCCGGCGCGCCUUUCCCUGCUUCGACGAGCCGAAUCUCAAGGCCACUUUCGACUUCGCUAUUGAGAUCCCCACUGACCAGGUUGCCCUAAGCAACAUGCCUGUGAAGGGUUCCCAGCCGACUUCCGACGGCAAGCAGCUCGUGUCCUUCGAGAGAACGCCAGUCAUGUCCACAUACCUUCUCUGCUGGGCCGUCGGUGAUUUUGAGUACGUAGAGGCCUUCACAGAGCGCCGUUAUAACGGAAAACAGCUUCCUGUGCGCGUCUACACCACCCGUGGUCUGAAGGAACAGGGCAACUGGGCGCUGCAACAUGCACCCAAGAUCAUCGACUUCUUCUCCGAGCAGUUCGAUAUUGACUACCCUCUACCAAAGAGCGACAUCCUAGCUGUUCAUGAGUUCACUCAUGGCGCCAUGGAGAACUGGGGCUUGGUCACCUACAGGAUGACAGCCAUCUUGUUCGAUGAGGAGAAAUCUGAGGCCCGUUUCCGGAAUCGCAUCGCCUACGUUGUUGCUCAUGAGCUUGCCCACCAGUGGUUCGGAAAUCUUGUCACCAUGGACUGGUGGGACGAGCUUUGGCUCAACGAGGGAUUUGCUACAUGGGCUGGCUGGCUCGCUACCGACCACCUGCACCCUGAUUGGGAGGUCUGGCCACAAUUCAUCAACGAGGGCUUUGAGACUGCACUGAAACUCGAUGCUCUCCGCUCUUCACACCCCAUCCAGGUUCCUGUCCGGGAUGCUCUUGAAAUCAACCAGGUCUUCGAUGCUAUUAGCUAUCUGAAAGGAUGCUCCGUUAUUCGCAUGCUGGCUAAUCAUCUUGGCGUCAAGACCUUCCUCAAGGGAGUCUCCAUCUAUCUGAAGAAGCACACAUACGGCAAUGCCAAGACUGUGGCCCUGUGGGAGGCUCUGAGUGAGGCUUCCGGCACAGAUGUUCCGGCCCUCAUGAAGCCAUGGAUUGAGAAGAUUGGUUUCCCCGUCUUAACAUUGGCCGAAGAACCUGGCCAGAUUACCGUCAAGCAGUCCCGCUUCCUGUCAACGGGUGACGUCAAACCUGAGGAGGACUCGACAACCUGGUGGGCUCCUCUGGCCUUCGAAGGCAAGGUUGGUGCUGAAGGUGUCCAGGCUCUGGCCCUGACCAGCAAGGAGGACACCAUCCGUGAUGUUGACGAUGACUUUUUUGUUCUCAACAAGAAUGCGCCAGCCUUCUACAGGGUCAACUACCCACCGCAAAGAUUGCAGAAGCUCGGGACGCAGCUGGAUCGGCUCAGCACAGAAGACAAGAUCUUCAUCACUGGCUCGGCCGCUGACCUCGCCUUCUCCGGUUAUGGCACAACUCCCGCUUUGCUUUCUUUCAUCCAGGGCUUCAAGGACGAGACUCAUUACCGUGUUCUGAGCCAGGCUCUGGACUCAAUCAACGUGGUCAAGUCCGUUUUUGGCGACGAUGAUACCAUCAAGCAGGGACUCGAGAAGUUCACGCUCCGUCUGAUAGACAAUGCCUUGAAAAAGGUAGGCUGGGAUAUUCCGGCUGGCGAAGACUUCAACACUAGUCUGUUGCGGAAGCGCUUGCUUCUUGCCGCCGGCACAAAUGGACAUCCUGGCGUCACUGAGGAGGCCCUGAAGCGUUUCUCAGCGCAUUCCGCCUCUCCCAAGGACAACCCAUUGCACGCCGACCUACGCAGUCCUAUUUACCGUGUCGCCUUGAAGUCUGAUCCUGCCGGUACUACGACCUUCCUGAAGGAUCAAUGGUACACCACGGAUGCCGUGGACGGCAAAGAAGUGUGUCUCACGGUGCUCGGCAAUUGCACUGACGAAGCGAUCAUCACUUCAACCCUCAUCCCAUUUGUGUUCAAUCUCUCACCACCAGCACCAGCCUCUGACUCUGUGCCUGCUGGAGACGCGCAUUACCUCGCGAGCACACUGGCCGCGAAUCGUGUGGCUCGGCCGCUUUUGUGGAAAUUCGUCAAGGAGAACUGGGCCCAAGUGGAAAAGAAGCUUGGUGGCAACCCUAUCAUUCUGGACCGCUUUGUGAACGUCACGCUGAGCAAGUUCACGACCUUCAAGGACGUGGAGGACAUUGAUACAUUCUUCAAGGAUAAGGAUCGCACCGCGUUCGAUCGCACUCUCGAGACGGCCAAGGAUAAGGUCCGUGGACGAGCUGCCUACAGGGAGAGAGACGCAAAUGUACUGAAGGAGUGGUUGGUUGCCAACGGGUAUACCUCAUGA